AUGGACGACCAAGAAAUCCUCGACAACAUAGACGGCCGCAUGCACGGCCCCAUGGGCGCAUUUAUCUACAAAUACUUCGGAAAGUUUCACUAUGACCACCAAGGUGAUGUAUUGAGAAUUUUCGCAGGCGGAAGAGUGAGCAGUCGCUGUGCAAUUCCAUCAGCUGCCCCAUCACCGGACAACUUCCUCCAAUGGUUUUCCAACUAUGUAUCGCAGGAGGUUGAUGGCGCUCGAGGCUCGUGGCAUAUAUCUGGCGACUGUGAAGCCCCCGAGCACGAGAGUGCUAACAACGGUACGCGUCUCCUCUUGACCAUUCCCAUUUUGCCAGCCACCGACACACAAAUGAGAUGGGGCGAUGUCCAGGUUAUUGGCCAGUUUUACCUUCAUGAUAGCGUUGAUUAUCAGGAAGGACUAGUGCAACUCUCUCGGUCCGCACACCAGGUCUUCGUCAGCCAACUACGCGGCUCUUCUUACAUGGGUUCUACAUUCGUGGCUCACGACGUGUACGAUGUUCGGCAAGACUUCGUCCUAUUUCUCUCCUGGAUUCUCAUCUACCAGCGGAUGACAGACCAGGACCUGGGGAAAAUCAAUAUCAUCAAGACGGAUAAGGACGGCAGCUACAUCAUUCUUGAUGGUGCGGAGACACCUGCUUUGCGAAAGCUCUAUCUCGAAAGCCAGCCACUUGCGUCGCGUGAAGGCCUUGUUGGUACCGGGACGACUUGCUAUCGGGCUAGAGUGCCUCAUUCGGAUCGAAGGAACUACGUCUUGAAGUUCAAAUGGCGUUGGGCCAGGGCGCGUCCCGAGGAUGAGCUUCUAAGGCUAGCCAAAGAGAAAUGCGUCUGGGGUGCCGUCUCUCUUGAUUAUUACAAAGAACUUGAGACUACAGCAAAUCUACGUCGAAAGCAGCGACAUGAAGUCGUUUGGAACGCCGACGGACUUGCCAAAUAUACAGAAGAAACCGACGACUUCUUUCAAAAUCGCAUCCUUACUUGCAUCGUUACUUCUCCUGUCGGCCGACCCCUUCACACUUUCCAGUCCCAAAAAGAAUUACUGCAAGUAUUUCGUGACGCUAUCAAGUGUCACCGAUCACUCUGCCAUGAUGCCAAGAUUCUUCACCAAGAUAUUUCCCCGGGGAACAUGAUCAUUCUGGAUGACCAAGAUGAACGGAAGCCGAAGGGGAUCCUGAUAGACCUCGAUUCCGCAAUAGAGCUCACAGAAGGAUUAGAAACGGAGUUCGGAAUUACCAGCACCAGACCCUUUAUGGCCAUUGGCGUUCUGAAGGGUGAAUGCCACACUUAUCGGCACGACCUCGAGUCCUUCCUCUACGCUUUCCUAUGGAUAGUCAUUACAAACCACUCGGAGGAUCCCCCAGAGACAAGUAAGCUUCGACGAUGGAGCAAUGGCGACUGGAAAGAACUAGCGGCACGCAAGUUUCUUGACAUGGAUCAGGAUGGCUUUCAAAGUAUUCUAGAGGAAUUCGCCCCCGAGUUCCAGCCCCUUAAGCCGCUCGCCGAAAGUCUCCGGCAUAUUCUAUUUCCCCUACGAGAUGGGGUGAUUUGGACAGGGACCGACGGCUCACCUGAAGCUGUAGACAAGCUCUACGAUGGAAUGAUCUGCGCGUUUGAAGAGGCGGUUGCGUCUGAGGGUGAGAACUAUAUGUGA